AUGGACUUCCAAGGUAGGCGCCGGGCUGCGGCUGCUCUUGUUGCUGCUGUUGCUGCUUGGUUUUUCUUGUGGUUUAGAAGGAGAAGUGAGGAUGCUCGAUCUAUUACCUAUGGUCCCAUGGCAGAGAGGGACAGAGAGAGGAAUAGCAACCUCAGAUUCAUUUAUGAAUCUGAUGAUGUGCAUUGUGUCAACCUGCUAAGAAUGAGAAGGGCACCUUUUUUCCAACUGUGUGACCUGUUUAGGUCUAGAGAGUUGGUUGUGGAUAGCAUCCAUGCCACUGUUGAAGAACAGGUAGCAAUGUUCUUGCAUGUAGUUGGACACAACCAAAGGUUCAGGGUCAUUAACAUGACAUUUAGGAGGUCAAUUGAAACUAUCAGUAGGUUCUUUCAUCAAGUCUUGUAUGCAGUUGGUGAGUUGAGAAAUGAGUUGAUUGUUCCACCAUCCACUAGUGUCCAUCCUAGGAUCCUUGGCAGCAGGAGAUGGAACCCAUAUUUCAAGGAUUGCAUAGGAGCAAUUGAUGGGACACAUGUCUUAGCUAGAGUGCCUUUGAAGAUGCAAGCUGCCUUUAGAGGCAGGAAGCACACCAUCACUCAGAAUGUACUUGCAGCAGUGGACUUUGAUCUAAGGUUCACAUAUGUGCUUGCUGGUUGGGAGGGAUCAGCACAUGAUGCUCUGAUUUUAUCAGAUGCUCUUGAAAGGACAGAUGGUCUUACAGUCCCACAAGGGAAAUUCUAUCUUGUGGAUGCUGGAUAUGCAGCCAGGCCUGGGUUCCUGCCACCAUAUCGUGGUACAAGGUACCACCUGAGGGAGUUUGGUUCAAAUAGGCCACAAAAUCAAAGAGAGUUGUUUAACCUGAGGCAUUCUUCCCUUAGGGUGACAGUAGAGAGGGCCUUUGGUGCUUUAAAGAAUAGGCAUGGAGAAGAUGAACAUGUUCCCACUGAAGCUGCUUGGACUCCUAACUCAACUGAUACCCCCCCUGAGCCAGAACUUAGUGCUGAUAAUGGAACCUGGGCACAGCAAAGGGAUGCAUGGGCUGCACAAAUGUGGCAGAAUAGGGGAUCUUCUAGAGACAUGGCUGUGAUGGGUGAGGAUGUGGUUGGUGUUGUCAAUGAGGCAGGGGCCGAGGGUGGGGUGGCUGCUGUGGAGGAAGUGUUCCCAGCAGCCCCUCCACCCAAUGGACCCCAGCCUGGGGGGCCAAUGCAAUGGACCAGUGUUCAGUCAGCCUUCAUGCUUAGGAGGUUUCAUGAUCUGGUUGGGCAAGGGGUCAAAACUGACAAAGGCUUCAAGGAAGUGCAUGUUAGGCAAGUUGCUAGGAUGGUCUCUGAUUUUGCUGAGAGGUGGGUUAAGAUUGCUAGGCUCAAGGACCUCAGUGGUGCUCUCUGGAAUGAGGACCAUCAUAUGAUAGUCCUUGAGGAGGAGCAUCUGAUAGGGCACACUAAGGAUCAUCCUGCUGAUGCCAAGUUCUUGAACACCCCAAUUGAGAACUAUGUCCAAAUGGAGGCCAUUUUUGGGUCUAGUCAGGCUACUGGUAGGUUUGCCAUGGGUUCCAAUGAACCUUUAGGUGUACCUACUGACCUUGGACACCUUGAGGGGGAGGAUCUUGCAACAGAGACAAUUAAUUUAGAUGGGAAUGAGGGUGAUUCUGGUAAGAAAAAUAAAGACUCCAAUGGGAUGGACACCUCUAAGAGUUCUGAUAAUAAGGAAGGGAGAGGUGGUAAAAGGAGGAAGUUGGGUGAGGAAGAAUACCAGCUGAUGCAUGGUAUGACUGUUGCUGUUGCCUCUGUUGCAGAAGCCCUGAAAGCUCCUCAGCACAAUGAGGUCCAUGCAGAUCUCUAUGGUUGUGUCAUGUCCUGUCCUGGGUACACACAGGAGGCCUUGAUGUUUGCACUUGUGUACUUGCUCAAAAACAAAGCAGAAGGUCUAUGCUUUGUUCAGAUGAGUGAAGCCCAUAGGAUCCUUUGGCUUAGGACCUACCUGAGCCAAUCUAACUUCCUCUAG